UGGCUCUUCAGCCAUCCGCCGGACUAGCCUCAACAGAGGUGUAGCGGCCUUCAGGCCCGCUGUCCAUGCAGCGGCACCGGUUCAAGCCAUGCUCUUGACGCUGCAUACUAGACCUGUCUGCCAAGGAAGUCUAGCUACAUAAGGCUUCUUCAACAACCUUCGACCUGACCUGCGUCCAAUCGGAUUUAUCAGGACACGUCGCGCUUAGCAAAUGCGGCUUUCGCGGUCUGCUGCCUCGCCUAUCGAUCCCGCUCUACCGAACAGGGAAGGGCUCGGUCAUCAGACCUUGCAAUUGGGGAUCGCGAGCCUAGCGCACCAGAGUGCAUCGACGUGGGAGGCUGAGCUCGCGAUCGAGCGUCGUUUUGCGCAUGCUAGUGAGGACGAGGACGUAGCAUUGCCUUUCAGCGCUUCAAGUCCUUAUCUACCAACUAUCACGAGAUCGAAAGUCGAGUGCAGUUGCUGUGGUGCUGGCUGGCCGCAUUGCGCGCAUUCCGCAACGAUCUGCUCCAGACGAGCGCUUGGAGGAUUUUCAGCACAAUUUUCAGCAAGCUCGCCGUGGCGCGCGCUUUCAGAACCAGCAGCAAACAACAAAAAAAAAACAGCAAGCAAACAAGCAAACAAGCAAACAAACAAACCUACUAGCAAGCCGCCAGUCCAACUGGCUUUGUUGCUCGCAACAAAUUAGGCUCUGUACUCGUGUCUGUGCCCCACAAUUCACAUUCAAUCGAGAAUUUUGUCAAUCUUGAAUGCGAUCUCAUGCCGAUGCACAUUGAACUCGCUCCACUACGCAGCAUGCAGAUUGAGCUG